UGCAGAGAAAGAGACACCACUCUAUGUUAGAGGACAACAUGACAAAACAGUGCUUAGAUGAAUAAAAGAAUAGUCUGGCAGAUGUUUGACUCCAGCAGAAAGGAGUGAGACGGACUCUGCCCAAUCUCCAGAGACGCUCAGAGAGAGAAAUACUCAGAGCCCUGGCCUCCUCUGCAAGGCGUUAGCCAAUGUGCAUGGAUCUAUUGAGAUUUGCCAGACACUGUAUGUGCAUUGCAUGGCUUGGCUUCUUAUGGAGGAGUGCAGCAGACCAGCCCAGCCUGACAGACCACCUGCAGACAGCCAAUGGACUAUCCGAACUGUGUGGUAUCGAUGAGCUUCUUUGCCAUGAUGAAAACGCUCUGCUAAGUUUCGAGGCCAUCCGCAGCAUUCACAAAGACAUGGACGAUGAUGCAGACGGCAGCGUGGACGUGACAGAGACGGAUGGGUUUCUAAGGGAAGACCUGAAGUACCACGACCCUAAAGGAAAACACAACAGCUUCCAUAGAGCAGAUAUGCUGAUCACAGUGGAGGAUAUGUGGAAGUCCUGGAAGGCCUCUGAAGGUUUGCACACAUCUCAUCAGGCUAAUUAUUUCAGUGAAAAGCAUUUAACCAUUUUAGACAUAAAGCUUCCAUCAUUUGUUCAAUAUAUCUUCCAUGGCAAUGUUCUCAAUGGUUCCAUUCACAGACUUGCUGUGAAAAAUGCCACCCUGCUUCUGUCCGUGCUGAAGAUACCAGACCGCAGUCAUGCACAGAAACUACAGCUGAAGGCUCUGGACACAGUGCUUUUUGGAUCUCCAAUGAGCAGACACAGUCACUUGAAGGACUUGAUGCUGGUGGUGUCUAUCAUCAUUGGAGUGGGGGGCUGCUGGUUUGCCUACAUCCAGAACCGGAAUUCUAGGGACCACGUUGGCAAGAUGAUGAAGGACCUCGAAGGGCUUCAGAGAGCUGAGCAGAGCCUGCUGGACAUGCAGCAGAAGCUGCAGAUUGCACAGGAAGAACAUCACACGGUGGCGGAGGAGAAGGUCAACCUGGAGCGGGAGAUGCGAAACGAGAUUGAUGCAGCAAAGCAGGAGGCACAAAGACUACGAGAACUGCGUGAGGGAACCGUGAACGAGUUGAGCAGACAGAAAUAUGCAGAGCAAGAGCUGGAACAGGUGCGAAUGGCUCUGAAGAAGGCUGAAAGGGAGCUGGAGUUGAGGAGCGGCUGGUCUCCUCCUGAAGCUCUGCAGAAAUGGCUGCAGCUCACACACGAGGUAGAAGUACAGUACUACAACAUUAAGAAACAGCAAGCGGAAAGACAGCUCAUAGUUGCUAAAGAAGGGGCAGAAAAAAUCAAGAAGAAGAGAGGAACUAUCUUUGGGACGUUCCAUGUGGCCCACAGCUCUUCACUGGACGAUGUUGAUCACAAAAUCCUCUCAGCCAAACAGGCCCUGGGAGAAGUGACCGCUGCUCUGAGAGAAAAGCUUCAUCGAUGGCAGAAAAUUGAGAUUCUGACAGGGUUUAAUAUUGUCAAUAACCCUGGCAUGUCGUCUCUGGCCUCUGCCCUCAACCUGGACCCUGCUUUCCUGGGCAUCCGCCCUGCUGUACCCCAACACUUACUGCUAUCCAAUGACCUAGACGACAUGGAUGAGGACAUACUUUCCCCAGGAACCCUGCAAUCUCCCAGCCUGACGUCCCUGCGGUCGCGACACGGAGAGCCUGUGCUGAACCUGAGCUCACAGAGGGAUCUGAACCGGUCCGAAUCGGAUUCCUCUCUCUCAGUGUCUCAGUACGGAGACGCCCAGCGCUGCACCUCAACUCCACUCAACAGUAAGCUGUCCAGAUCCAAUGGUGGUUCCUCCACCGACAGCCCACUGCUGCAGAAAAAGACCUUUGGCAUGGAGAAGUGUGCCAGUCUCGGAGAGAUCCACUCUCAGCCGUCUAGCCUCACCUCAGCCGACUCGAUGCGCUCUCUCAUCUACACCUCCGAGCAGGACGGCCCGUCACUGCCAACAGGAAAGGGUGGCAGCCGAAUCUCUCAGAUCACAGGCAAGAAGAUCCUGGUGGACGAGGACAGCGGCUCCACAGGAGACGACGCUGAAGGCUCCAACACGGGCCGCAAGAAGAGCACCUUUACCAAACUCUUCAAGAGGCCGAAGAAAUGACAGCAGUAUGGGGAGAUGCCAAACACAAGAGUAAGACUAGCACAAUGGUACAUUUUAAUCAUGAAGAGUUUUAGGAAGACCAUGUCAUUUAUGUGGAAUUUUUGAUUUAUAUCGUAAUUGUGUCGACCAACGGGAACAGAAACAGUCAUUUGUUGGGAACAGGUAUGAUAUCGCUGUACAUUUAUUUAUUUGCUUCUACAACUAAGGGCGCUAGAUGGUAUUGUCCAUUUUUGGUGUGAGAGUUACUUCUGUUUUUAUUGGUAGUUAGCGUGAGCUGGAGCUUUCACUCUCAAAACAAACACCAAACGCAUGCAAAGGCUUUCAGCGCAUACAAAUGACUCCACCUACUCUACGCUGUUGUUUUACAUAGGAUUUGCUUGGACUUCUUUCCUUUUCACAUGCAGCCCAUCAUUGUGUUGCCAGAGGAAACAAUUGGCUGUAAAUGUUACCGUUCACGUCCCCCUGCUGAAAACACACCACAGUACGAGUAUGCAGCAUCUGUGUGUGUGACGGAUGUGAGGCGGAAAAUAUCUUGUUACUUGCUUUAGAUUUCUCCUUCUGUUAUCAAAAUCUAUUUUAAAAUGUUUCAACUUGUUACUUCCUCACAGAGGUGCCUUUCAUUUUAAGCACUGCCUAAUGUUAUUGCUGUGAACUGCCUGUGUUUGAGUCACAGACAGGAUAUGUACUGUAGUUCUUGUCUCUGGCUUGUAAUUACAUGCCUUUAACUUCAUUCAUGCUUCAUGCCACUGAAGUCUUUUAAUACCUGAGAAGUAAUAAAAUAAGAUAUAAAAAGGGAGGGUGUUUUGCAAAUUAAAAGUCGCAUGCUAACAUAAACUGGGGAGUUUCUUUUAUUAAUAAAAACACUGAACUUUACAUUUUCAUAUAAAUUUCGUCUUUAUUAGUAGCUAUUUGUUUUCACAUUCAUUUUUUUUAUUUUAAUUUUGGCAGGCUUUGUAAGGAAAAUUAAAUUACUAAUUGUAUUUUUUAAUUUGAAAAUGUGUCAUCCCAGUGAAAAUCUAAAUGAAA